GUCCAUGUAACUUUAGAUAAAAAGAUCACAGUUUGAGGUCCACCAAAAUUAUUGUGUUUAGUGUGACAUUAUAUGCGAAAGAAACAGUUGUGUGAAAAUGUGGCUGAAAUUACUUUUGAUAUCAUUCUUGGGGUGUAAUACUAUCCAGUCAACGUCCUUCGAUUUGGGAGGGGUCAUGUCCGGUAACCGCAUGGCCGCUGUACCUUUAGGAAGGUCUCUCGGGGAAGGAGAACUCGAUAUAGAGGGUAUCUGUACGGAAGCUGGAAUGGCAUGUCAAAAUUGUACGCAUGCUGUCACUUGCAUACCUUUACCUGUUGGAUGGCUUAAAGUACCUCUACAACAGUGUUCUAAUGGACAAACAUGUAACGCUCACCUGAAAGAAUGUUCCAGUGAAGAUGUCCCCGAGUGCGAUAUUGUAACACAGAAAUUUCAACACAUUUGCGAACAGGUCGGCAUAUUUCCAGACGCCUAUGAUUGUAGGAAGUUUCACUUAUGUUCACCGCCAGAUGAAUUCGCUGAUGGUAGACCCGCAGACCAUAGAGCAGCGUUAUGUCCGAGACAUUAUGGCUAUGACCCCAAGAUUGCUCAAUGCUCAAUAAAACUAAAGCACGGUCAGUGUGACCAGAGACCAGUUCCAAGUUGUAAAAAAGUCGGCCAAUCAGGUGUCUUAGAAAGCAGCCCACACCACUACUACGUAUGUCUUUCGAGACAUGGCAAUUUGUAUCCUCAAAUCUUCAUCUGUCCUCACGGAUGGUACUACUGGAAUAAUUAUUGUCAACCACAACCUGAAGUUGGAAAAACAGUAGAGGAAACGAAAAUACACGAUGUCAUGAAAUCCGCCACGGAAAGCACAAAGGAUAAUGAUAAUUUAUUAACAGUAGCGACAACGACCACGCCAAAACCAGUUACAUAUAGAAUUAAUUCAUUCUUUUCAACAGAAAAGCCUGUCACAUAUCCAGCCGAUACUUUCUUAGCAGAUAAAUUCGAUUUAACGAACUAUGAGACAACUGAUGAUGUAGCGCCAAAUACGAACGAUGAAUUUGCCAAUUCCUUCGAAAGUGGUACUGAUUUCUGGUGAAGUAAUCUUUUUAAUUAAAUAUUAUAAUUUUUAGUAAAGAAAAAAUAUUAAA